UGAUCUGGAGUAGACAUUGUUGGGUGACUAGGCUUUACCUGUUAGGUAGGAGAGUUGUCUUUCCUCUUACUGGCAUGUGCCGACUUGCUGGUUUAUUCUUAAUCCUCUUCUCUGUGACACUGUUAGAAGUGGAGAUGUAAAAAUAUGUAAGGAAGCGGUUAUAAGAAAAGUACUCUGUUACUUGGUGGUCAGUUUUUUUCAGUUUUAUCAAAUUAUUUUGGUGUUACUUUGUCAACUGCUUCUACAAAAUGCCAGUUCAUAUUUUAAAAAGUGUCCUCUUUAGGGUUGUCUAUUUGGAAAAGAAUGGUUUCUAAAUUGAGGUCCAGAGAGAUGUGGGACUGUUGGAUUGCAUGUUUGAACCCAUAGAGGUCCAUAAAGUACCACCAUCAUAGCAGAGAACUAAGCUUGGAAGAAGCAGAGAAAAAAAUUGGAAUCAGCCGUUAGAAAUUUACAAAGGGAGAGCCAUAAAAGUUGCAAGUUUUUUUAUAGUGAGGAAAUAAACACAAGGGUAGCAUGUUUUCUUUCGUGGUUAAGCCCUUGUUGAAAUUUGUGGUGGGUCCCUGUUUUUAAGCUGUAUAGGAGGAAGAGCUCUUGAAGGAGGAAGUCUAGAGGUAGAACACUGAAUGACUUCUUAAGUGUUCCUGUCCAGGAUGAACAUCUGUUAUUUCUCCUGAAAACAGGCUAGUUGGGUUUUUCUGGUGGUUCCUUGAGCAGCCAGUUGCCAUAAAGUUUUUGCACAGUGUCACUCACCUUAAGUAGAAGGCUGCUGGGUGGUUAUGCCUGUUUCCAGCCAUCCCAAGUCAAAACUUGGGAUUCAGUGUUGAUCUUAGCUCUCUGAAAAAGUAAUACAGAUUUCCAACGGAAUGAUUAGAAUACAAAUUAAGUGUAACCAAGUGUAAUUCAUUUAAGUUCGGUUCUCUACGGAUCCAAGUAAAUUGACUACGUGAUGCUCUUUGAAGUAGAGGUCCUGAAAUGAAUGAAAAUGUGGAAUACGGGUUGUGUAACGCAGGAUACUCUGCUGGGCACUUGAAGUGACACCACAAGGUGAAUUAAUCAUGGUCCUGGAGUCUAAAAAGGGCACCGGUGGAACCUUCUCAAGAGGAAAAUCAUGUGAAGUUUCUUGUCUAGGUUCAAAUUCAGUUGUUAGCAUGGAACUUUCAGAACCUGUUGUAGAAAAUGGGGAGACAGAAAUGUCCCCAGAAGAAUCAUGGGAGCACAAAGAAGACAUCAGUGAAGCAGAGCCAGUGGGUGGCUCCUUGGGAGGUGGAAGGCCCCCAGAGGAAAGUGCCCAGGAGAUGAUAGAGGAGGAAGAGGACAUACCAAAACCCAAAUCUGUGGUUGCACCACCAGGUGCUCCUAAGAAGGAACAUGUAAAUGUAGUAUUCAUUGGUCAUGUGGAUGCUGGCAAGUCAACCAUUGGAGGACAAAUAAUCCACACCUGGCUCUUCUCUGCUCAUGGAAACAUAAGCUCAUCUCUGCCUUCGGGCCUUUGUUCCUGUGCCUGCAACGUCCUCACCCUGAGCGGCUGUCCCUGCUCCCAACUCUGGAACUGCAGCCAUGGCCUCAGUUUGCUAUUAUCUCAGAAAGGCUGCCGCUGACUACCUAAAUAGCUCCUGCGAUGAGUUACACUGCUACCUGACGCUGUUUACAGAUAACAUCUGUCUCUUCACCACUGCGUAGAGCCCCAAGAGUGUAGACUAUGUUGGCACAUAAAACAGCACCUGGCUCUGUAGACCGACCCCAUUCCAAAUCUCACCUGCAAACACAGAUGUGUUCUGAGGUGUGCUGGCCACGUAGAAGGCAAACAGUGUGCUCUGUCCAGCUGCACUAAGGGAGUUCUGACUCAGGCAUCCCCAGAAAUGGGCCGUGCCACCAGUUCUCCCACUCCGUCCUGCCACAAAGUCGAAUGCCCCAGUGGUGGAGCUACUAUGGGGGACUGUCAUGCUCAUCCCAAAGUCCCCACUACCAGCGGGGCCUGCUGACACCCUGGAUGUGAAGUGUGAUGAGGUUGUGCUGCCACAGCUGCUGGUGGUCUGGGUCGUAGCUUCAAAAUCCGAGGUGGUGGCUGUAAAAGAGGAGGAAAUGAGGAUCAUUGUCUAACCCUAUACACAAAAGUAUAUUCGAAAUGGAUCAAAGACCUGAAUGUACGCCAUGAAACCAUAAAACUCUUAGAAAAAACAUAAGCAAAAAUCUCUUGGACAUAAACAUGAGUGACUUCUUUAUGAACAUAUCUCCCCCGGCAAGGGAAACAAAAGCAAAAAUGAAAAAAUAGGACUAUAUCAAGCUGAAAAGCUUCUGUACAGGGAAGGACACCAUCAAUAGAACAAAAAGGUAUCCUACAGUAUGGGAGAAUAUAUUCAUAAAUGACAGAUCUAAUAAAGGGUUGAUAUCAACAGUGUAUAAAGAGCUCACACACCUCAACAAACAAAAAGCAAAUAAUCCAAUUAAAAAAUGGGCAGAGGAGCUGAACAGACAGUUCUCCAAAGAAGAAAUUCAGAUGGUCAACAGACACAUGAAAAGAUGCUUCACAUCACUAGUCAUCAGAGCAAUGCAAAUUAAAACCACAAUGAGAUACCACCUCACACCAGUAAGGAUUGCCACCAUCGAAAAGACAACAACAAAUGCUGGCGAGGAUGCAGAGAAAGGGGAACCCUCCUCCCCUGCUGGAGGGAAUGUAAUUUAGUUCAAUUACUGUGGAAAGCAGUAUGGAGGUUCCUCAAAAAAUUCAAAAUAGAAAUCCCAUUUGACCCAGGAAUACCACCUCUAGGAAUUUACUCUAAGAAUGCAUCAGCCCAAUUUUAAAAAGACAGAUGUACCCCUAUGUUUAUUGCAGCACUAUUUACAAUAGCCAAGAAAUCGAAGGAACCGAAGUGUCCAUCAGUAGAUGAAUGGAUAAAGAUGUGAUACAUAUACACAAUGGAAUAUUAAUCAGCCAUAAGAAGAAAACAAAUCCUACCAUUUGCCACAACAUGGAUGGAGCUAGAGGGUAUUAUGGUCAGUGAAAUAAGCCAGGUGGAGAAAGACAAGUACCAAAUAAUUUCACUCAUCUCUGGAGUAUAAGAAGAAAGGAAAAACGGAAGGAACAAACCAACAGCAGAAUCACAGAACCCAAAAAAGGACUAACAGUUACCAAAUAGAAAGGGACUGGGGAGGAUGGGUGGGAAGGGAGGAGGAAGGGGGUGGAAGAAGAAAGGGGGCCUUAUGAUUAACAUGUAUAAUGGGGGUGGGCAUGGGGAGUGCUGUGCAACACAUAGUAGACAAGUAGUGAUUUUGCAGCAUCUUACUACGCUGAUGAACAGUGACUAAUGGGGUAUGUGGGGGGGACUUGGUGAAGGGAGUCUAGUAAACAUAAUGUUCCUCAAAUAAUUGUAGAUUAAUGAUACCACAAAAUAA